GUCGGCUCACCAAACCGUGAGGGAGGAAUGGACGCGCUAACCAUUCGACGGGCGCAGGCUAGCGAUGCUGCCGACGUUGGAGAAUUGGACGCUCCGGAGAAGACGACACAGAGGAUCAUGUAUGGACGCAGCCACGCCAACAUGCUCAUUGAAGCGUCGUACUUGGCGCUAACGGCAGAAACAUCAACCGGCGAAAUCGUCGGCUUCAUGAGCGUGAACGAUCAACCUCCGGGCGACUUGUGCGAAGAGGUGGCCUAUCUCGAGUAUCUCUGCGACAGCUUUGCCUUGGAAAACCACCCCACCAACAACGCCCUGUGUCGACUAAAGGUGCACACGACCCUGUUCUUAACGUACUUCGUCUAUAAGUCCACCGCGAGCGCCUCCGAGAUCCUUCCCGAAAUGCUCUCGACGAUCUUCCACCUGUUGACGUCGAUGGAACUGGUGGUGUUUCCCGCCCACAACUCACUCGGCCAGGCAGAGUUGGCGCCUUUGUUACCGCACUUUCAUCUUGCUACAAAAGUGAACCCCAACACCAAGGGCUACGAUGAAGAACUGUUUGCCGAGUUCGACGUCCUUGUGUGUCCAGGGGACGCGUUCCUGCCGUCGCUGGUCAUUCGCAAAGCCAACAUCGAAGACCACGACGACUUGGAACCGAUCUUGAAAGCUCAAAACCAAGCGCUGGUGGACACUUUCGGCGAUUACUUCUUGGCCGAGUUGAUUGGGUCGCAAACUGCGCACAACAUGUGCUUGGUGGCGCAGCCCCCCACUGUUCCGUCUCGCGCGGUGGGCAUCAUGGCCAUCUCGGACGAAGUGGACUUGGGAAUAUUACGGGACUGCUUUGACUUGUCCAUGUACAACAACCUGGUCAAGCCGCCGUCGUCAGCGGUGGCUGGGGGCCCUGGCGGGUCACGCCUGGAAAAGAUCCUCAAACGGCGCAAAAGCCCCAAGAUGAUCAUGUUUGGGCCCCCUGCCAGCGGAAAAACCACCCAAGUCGACAAGCUGCUGGCCCAAUACGGGCUGGUGCAUCUCACGAUCAACGUGUUGUUGCGCGUGGCCAGUCGCAUGAGCCACCCGACGGGGAAAAAGGUCAAGCGGCACCUCGACAAGCACGAAGAAGUGCCGGACGAGAUUGUGCUAACGCUCUUGGCGGAUCGAAUUCACGAAAGCGACUGCAUCACGCAGGGCUGGGUCCUCGAUGGGUACCCCACGACCGAAGCCCAAGCGCAGGGCAUGCUCCAGCGAGGUAUCAAGCCGGAUGUAGUCGUGUUGCUCGAAGUGUCAGACGAGGAAGUAGCCCAGCGCCUGGUCAAAGUAAGUGCGGGCAUGGAAACCAAGCCCCGGCUGAAGAAGUACCACGACCACGCCCCCGGCAUUCUCAAGUGUUUGUCGAGGGAUCAAGCCUUGAUUACGAUCGACGGCACAAAAGACAAGGAGGUGGUCACGUACUCGUUGAUCCAAGCCUUGUCGGCGUCCGACAAGACCAAGUUGACGCGCCAACACAAAGGUAGCAGCAUCACCGACGGAGCAAUUGCCCCGCCGACGAUUGUCAUAUGUGGCCCCCCCGCCGGCGGCAAAGGCACGCAGUGCGAACUGCUUGUGAAACAGUACGGCGUCGUACACUUGUCGACGGGGGACAUCCUCCGCGCAGCCAUCAAGACCGGGUCCGACUUGGGCAUCAAAGCCCAGACGUACAUGAACGCCGGGGAGCUCGUGCCGGACGAAGUGAUCAUCCGGGUGGUGCUGGAACGAAUAAACGAGCCCGACUGCCAACGCCAAGGCUGGCUCUUGGACGGGUUCCCCCGGACAGAAGUCCAAGCCCAGACGAUGGUUGUCCAGGGCAUCGUGCCGCAACUGGUGAUCGUGCUGGACGUCCCCGACGGGGAAGUGAUCAAGCGCAUCUCCGGCCGCCGUGUGGACGUGGACACGGGCAAAACGUACCAUUUGAUCUACAACCCACCGCCCCCCGAGCUCAAAGACAAAGUGACCCAGCGAGCCGACGACACUGAAGAAACGAUCAAAGUGAGGCUGGGUCACUACCACACCAACUGCGGCGCCAUCGUCAAGACAUUUACGCCGACGUCCAUCGUGUUGGCGAUCGACGGCAUGCAAGCCAAAGACAAGAUCACGCAAGAAAUAGCCAAGGCAUUGGCUAAGCCCGUGGCCUCAGAUCAAACAGCAGCAACAGCAUCAUCUGCAGGCGGAAAACCAUCUGGAACUGCACCCAACGCUGCUCGAAACGGACCCCCCAAGUUGAUCAUAUGUGGCCCUCCAGCCGGGGGAAAGGGGACCCAGUGUGAACUCCUCGUUCAACAGUAUGGCGUCGUGCAUUUGUCCACAGGUGACAUCCUUCGCGCUGCAAUCCAAGCCGGCUCCGAGAUCGGUCUCAAAGCCAAGAGUUUCAUGGACGCCGGCGAACUCGUGCCUGACGACCUCAUCAUUCGCGUGAUUGUGGACCGACUGGAUCAAUCCGAUUGCCAAGAGCAAGGCUGGCUCCUCGACGGGUUUCCCCGGACCGAAGUCCAAGCCCACGCCAUGAUUGGGCUUGGCAUCGUGCCGGAUCUCGUGAUUGUGUUGGAAGUGCCCGCGACCGAAGUCAUCAAGCGCAUCUCUGGGCGUCGCGUGGAUGUGGCUACUGGCAAGACGUACCACUUGGUGUUCAAUCCACCGCCUCCAAACGUCAACGCCGUGCAGCGCUCGGACGACACGGAAGAAACGAUCAAAGUCCGAUUGUCAAAGUACAACGAGAACUGCGGCGCGGUUGUGAGGAGCUUUUCGAAAACGUCGCGCGUCUUACGCGUGGAUGGCAUGCAAGGCAAGGACAAGAUCGCCGCAGAAAUCCACAGGGCCAUGGAAGGUGGCGGGGCGUCCGUCAAGCACGAAGUAAUGCCCCCCAAGCUGAUCAUCUGUGGCCCCCCCGCUGGGGGCAAAGGCACCCAAUGCGAGCAACUCGUGAAAAAGUACGGCGUCGUACACUUGUCCACGGGCGACAUCCUCCGCGAUGCCGUCAAGGCAGGCACGGACACGGGAGUGAAAGCCAAAAAGUACAUGGAUAUGGGCGAGCUAGUGCCGGACGAACUGAUCAUGGACACGAUCUUGGACCGGUUGGGCCAUGUUGACUGUGUCCAGCGCGGGUGGCUACUCGACGGGUUCCCCCGCAACGAAUCACAGGCCCGGUCGAUGGUGUCGUUCGGCAUCCUCCCCGACAUGGUACUCGUCCUGGACGUGCCGGAUGAAGACGUGAUCGCUCGAAUUUCAGGCCGGCGAGUUGACCCCGUGACGGGUAAGACGUACCAUGUCACAUUCAACCCGCCACCGCCCGAUCUGAAAGUCGUCCAGCGAUCCGACGACACGGAAGCCACGGUGCGCAUUCGCCUGAAAUCGUACCACUUGAACGUGAACGCGGUGCUCAAAGUGUUUACGCCGCUGGCCAACGUCGUCCAGUUCGACGGUCGAGCCAAGACCAGCGCCGACAUGACGACCGCCAUCUUGUCGUCUGUGGACGAUGCCCGCGCCUUAGUCGACGUCGAAGGCAACGCGUUCCUCAUGACGCUGUUCUGCAUCGACGACGCGUACUUGGUCCGGUCGACCGAGUUUUUGCGGUUUGCGUUUUCGCUGUUUCCGCACAAAGAGUACUGCGUUGUGACCGUGGCGCCGCUGUCGACCCCGCCCCUCGUCCUCGCCAGCUUCACCCUCGUGCCCCCGAAACCGUCGAGCACGUACUCGCACUGCCUGUACCUGCUGCACCGCGACGCGCUGUCGUUUCUAACCCCUGCCCCGCCAAACUUUUCCCUCGACAUUUCCCGCUUCAAAUUGUCCGAGUCGUUCGACCAGCUCGCCCCCCUCGUGGAGACUCUGCCAGCUGCGUCGAUUGCCACACUCGAAGACGAGAUGGCGCUGGCUGCCGAAGAGGACGAGAUCGGUCUCGAAGACAACCCCAAGCACGUGUUGUUUGUUGCUCGCGUUCAUGGCGUUGUGGUUGCGUUGGCGUCGCUGGCCCGGGACCACGAAGUCACGAAUUCGCUCAAACAUUACUUUGACAUGGAGCAACUGGUCGUGUUGGCACACCACCGAGUCAAAGACCAGGCGAUUUUGACCCACUGGGUGCUCAACCCCAUUUACGCGUGUGCCGGGCGUGUGAUUCUCAAGGAAGUGAUGCGCCACUUCAAGAAGACGUGCCUCUUUGCGUGCAUCCCUCCGCAAGCACAUGUGAGUCCGCUGAUCGUGGACGACUUUGUACUGGCGCUGCCGCGGCGGCAAAUUGCGUUGCCGGCUACGUCCAACCAAGAGCCAGACGACCCGAAGAAGGCGUUGUUUGCCACGUGCGCACUCUACUUCUUCACCAAGCGGCUGUUUUCCGAGCCAAAGCUGGUCGUGAACACCCGCCUUGUGGUCGUGGGGGCCUCCGACACGGGGCUCACGCUGCUCAAGCGGCUGUUGCAUGUCCCGUACGCCCGCUUCACCCACGUGACACUCGUGUCGCCGCACGGCUUGAACGUAUUUCCAUCAUCCUCCGCAGACCUGCAUCCGUUUCUCCGGCCGAGCCUGCUCACCCCCACCGAAGUGGACCAGUACGGACUCCCCUCCCACGUCCGCGUCGUCGUGAGUCGCGUCGUGCAAAUCGACCGCGUCGCCAAAGCCGUCGUGCUCGUCGACAACUCGUGCCUCCCGUACGACUACCUCGUGCUCGCGACUGGGCUCACGGACGGCACCCCCACCAAGCUGCACCUGACGUCGCAGUACGACGGCGACACGUAUGUCCCAGCCAGCGUGCCCACGGGUGUGCACACGUUACACGACGCCGCAUCUGCCAGGGCCGUGGUCGACACCCUCAAACUCGCAGGAGGAGCCGCCCACAAACCACCGCCGCCUCGGGUGGUGGUCAGUGGCUCGUCCGCGUUCGCGUUGAGUGUACUGCAAGGCGUGGUGGCAUUGAAUGUGACCAACGUGACGUGGCUCAAGCAGGGAACGGCGGCGAUUGCCACGGACAUGCGUGUGCUCGAGGUGGUAGGCGCGUUGAUGCAGCGUCACAAAAUCACGGUACUGGACCACCACGAACUGUCGUCGCUGGUGGUGAAUCCCCGCACGAAUGCGCUGGAGGGGCUCAAUGUGGUUUCGACGGCGCCGGUCGAGUCCCCGUCCCCCGGGGGUGCGACAGUGUCGUCAUCUCCUCGAGGGGGACUUCCCCAGAACACGCUCGUGCCGUGCGAAGUGCUGCUCUGCUGCAGCUACGAUGACGCCGACUAUGACGCGUUCCGGGCGAUCAACGAGUGUGGACUGGUGUACGACGGCCGCCUGGUGGUCAACUCGCGGUUUCAAACCACCGAUCCGUGCAUCUACGCCGGGGGAAGUUUGUGCCGGUUUUCUCGGCGGUUCCCCCAAGCGCUGUACCAGCAGCACUACAGCGCCCGCGAGUGCGGGGAGCUUCUGGCGGCGUCGCUGUUGCACGCCAUCGAUCCUCUGCUCGGCCACGCGCCAACUGCCGCGGAAAUGGACGUGGCCAAGAAGACUCCGCCACCCAAGUUUACCAUGCCCAAAGUGUUUUCGAGUGUGUGGAUGGAGGGGAUGCAGUACGUGCACAUCAACCUCCCCGACGUGUCCGCGUCCCUGAAAAGCCUCACCACGGAACACGCAGACGGGUCCAACUAUUGCUGCUUGCAAUUUGACGAGUUUGGCGUGCUCGCGACUCUGACGUACCUUGGGACGGGGGCCGUGGAAGUGUCCAAUCUGCAGUGCGUCGUGGGUCUGCAUGAGGCGUACUUGAACUGCGCCAUUUCGUCGUUCCAACAGAAUUUGGUCUCUGACUGGAUCAGCUUUUUCCGCGAGGCAUGGGCCUCUGCCAUCUACCACGAUCGGUUUCAAGAGUUUUGCGUGCGACUCAACACAGCUCUCAAGUAUGAUGAGGGCAUUCGCAUUGUGGUGGAAGCGGUGAAACGACAUGUGGCCGAGACGGGUGACCUCAAGGAGGCCAUGGAGCUGGCCCAAGCUCAAGCUGGCCGCGGCGGCAAGGCACUUAUGCCCACCACGAAGAAAAUGAUCGAGCUGAAUCUGCUCGACUACCUCUCUGCCAAUCGGGAAGUGCUCAACAUGUACUUCCUGCCGCGUGCCGGCGGCGGCGGUGGCAAUGGGGGCAAUACGUGAACAGUCCUUGUCGCGUAAAUUCAAUACUAAUUGUAACAAAAUAUCUCUUUCAUACUAUUAAUAAUAACGUAGACCA